CCUAUCUUUUGCAUUGUGUAAUAUUAGCGUAGAUGUUUCCGUUAAACUAGUAAACACCUUUGUCAAAGACAUUCGGCAUGCACGUGAGAAAUCACGGACAAAUAAUUUGAUUUGAUUUUCACAAUCCUAUUUUAUUCUUAAAAAAUAAAAAGAAAUUCUUUCAUAUAAGGAAAUUCAUGACAAACAAGAAAGUAUAUUGAAUUAAAAUUUGUACAUCAAAUGAAGUGUUAGAAAGGAUGGUUUCAUCAAAAGAAAAUGCUGUUUUGUGCUGAAUUUCGGCCAAUUGACCAUGGUCAAAAGAAUAGAUGCUCCCGAUUCGGCCAGGUCGUGGGCAGUAGCCAUCGCCGGUUGUUUGAUAAACUCCCUGAUGUCAGGCUUAACGAGAUCGACCGGACUCAUAUACGUCGCUCUAAUCGAUACCUUUGGAGCAUCCAGGUUCCAAGCGAACUUGCCAUUCACUGCCAGAAUUAUGAUUAAGAAUCUUGGAGGACCAGUGGUUGGAGCUCUCGGACAACGUUUCGGACCUAGAAACGUGACCUUGGCAGGGGGUGUCUUAUCCUCCGUAGGAAUGCUGCUCUGUGCCUUCGCACCAAACAUCAUAUGGAUCACAAUUCUAUGCGGCGGAGUGCACGGUUUCGGAGUUUCUAUGGCGAGUACUUUGGGUCUAAUUAUGGUGACACAAUGGUUCAUGAAGCACAAAGCCACUGGAACUGGCCUUGCAUUUUCUGGAUCGUGUUUCGGCUCUUUAAUUCUUCCCUUUCUCAUAGAGAAAAUGUUAGAAAAUUUUGGACUUUUUGGAUGUUUCAUAUUGACUGGUGGAUUAAUCUUGAAUGUCUUACCCGCUGCUCUUCUCAUGAAAGAACCUUCCUGGAUGCAGAAGAGUACAAAGAAGACAGUUCAAGUGGUUGACACAUCCGGUAGUCCCAGUAGAAAUGGAUUGGAAGAUUGCUCAGAACUCCAAAAUUCUUCAAUAAUUUUCAGAAAUAAAAGUAAAAAUCAACCAACAGAUUCCGUUUUGAAUAGCACCGAUGGAAUAAACAAUCUAUCUUUUUCAAGUUCUACAAUGGACGUAAGAUGUGAUAAUAUAAAUCAGACAGAAGAGACAAAAUCCUGCGAAGAAAAAACAUCCCCUAUUCCACCAAAAGCAGAGGACAUGCAACAACAAACCUCACUUCUCAAAGCAAUCCUCAUCAUAAGCUGCGAUCCUAUGUUCUACAUGAUCAGCAUAUCUCUGGCCACAUAUGCUAUGGUCCUGGAUCCCGUAUACAUCGUCUUAGUAGACUUCAUGAUGGACAAGGGAAUGACCGAGAAGAUAUCGAAAUACUUCAUCAGUGCUUUCUCUAUCGGCGAUUUGGUCGGUCGGCUGAGUUUUGGAUGGAUCACAGAUAGGAAACUAAUGACGGUAAAAACUUUUAUGAUGAUGAUGCAGAUUUCGCACGGAGUUUGCUAUUUGCUGCUGGCAGUAUUUUAUGACUUUUAUGUUUUGCUGUUCAUUGUGACCCUUUUUGGGUUAAUCACUGGAGCUUCUUUGGUCAUGAUUCCAAUUCUUGUACAAAUAUAUCUUCCUUCAGUGCAGUCUUUGGCAAUAGGAUGCAUCGCCUUUGCAACUGGAACCCCAGUUCUAAUGGUUCCUUUUCUAAUUGGUUAUUUUCGAGAUGAAAUUGGAUCAUACGAUGGCAUGGUAUAUGCUGUUGGAGGAGUUGAGGUUUUCAUCGGUUCCCUGUGGAUUUUCGAACCACUGCUUCUGAAACUCAGAACAAAGAUAAAUAAAAAGAAAGAAAUGACAGUAAUAUCGAUUUAGACGUAAUUUUUUUCUGCUUUGCGUUAAUUAUUUAUAUUUUUUGUAAAUAUAAACAGUUAAUUCUGAUUAAAGGAUUUUAUUGAAUGAUUUUAGCAAAUUAUUCUUUCGCUGGCAUAUUUUGUAAUAAAAAAUACAAAAGAAAGAUAUCCUUUCAAAUUUUUCAUUCAUUUUUAUUUCUUAGCGAGUUUUACAAUCACGAAAUGAAUCAUAUUAAAUAUAUUGUUAAUUGAUAAAAUCUGAUAUUAAUUUAUAAAAAUACGAAGAAUUGUCAUUAAGACAAGACAUUAAGCAUUGACAUUAAAAAAGACAUUAAGCAUAUACAAAAUAUAUUCAAUUUAAACAACGAAAUAUAUCCUUUUUCUCAUUCACAAGAGCCGAUUCCAGGAAGAUUUCAUUUAGAGAAGGCUAUUUUUUGAAUAGAAACACAGAUAAAAUGUAAUUCAUGCUUUUAUCAAGAAAAAAGUCGCUGAGUCGUCAGAGGAUGUUAUGAAGUAUUGUUAUCUAAAUAACUCCAUCUUGGAUACAUCUUUAUUCUAAUAAGUAUUAAAAUCAAGUUAAUAGGAAAAUCAAAUAAACCAAAUACAUCCUGUUCCUUUUUUGGUUUUAGUUUUAAUAGGAAAUAAUUUUUAGUUGCGAUUUCGAAACUGUUCUGUUUCGUUUUC